AUGACAGGGGAGGCGAAGCCCAAAGCCCCCAAAAACUUCUAUACUCAAGCCAAGAAUGACCCCAAGGUGCUGGCCCAGAGGGCGGAGCGCCAGGCGGAGCUGGACCGCGCGGUGGAGCAAAUGCUUAAGGACAACCCGGGCAAGGUGCCGCGCUGGGACCAGGAGAGGAUCAUGAAGAUGGACCGCUUCUGCCUGGAGAAUGGCAAGCGGUGCAUCAUGUGGGAUGAUGACGGCGCCGGGUUCUACCUGAUGCUCAACUGGGACUGGCUGCGCAACCGGCCCAUGGAUCCGGCAUCGUGGGAGGAGCAGAUGGAGCGGGAGCAGGGCUGGUACCGCAACGUCCGCCACCUGCUGCACAAGCCGCUGCUGGACACCACGGUAGCCGAGGAGAAGCUGGCUGCCUGGAUCGACGAGCACACCAUGCGGGUGCAUGGCGGCUUCCUGGACAAGCUGCCCAAGCUGCGCAAGGGCGACACCAAGUAUGGGGUGGUGCUGGAGGACCCCUACUGGCAGGAGCUGCAGGCGGUAGAGUCCUGGAACCCAGCGCCAGGGCUCAAGCGGCCCCCGGCUCCCCCGGCGUAUGCCACGGGCGUCUACCCGCCCCCCAAGCCGGCAGCGGCGCCACAGACGGCGAAGUAG